AUGACCAUCACGCUGCAGGACGUGGCGUAUCAGCUGGGAUUUAGGAUCGAUGGUGAUCUUGUGAGCGGACAGCCACAAACAAAGUGGACUGUCAAGCUCACGUGGUUCCUUAACAUUGUUUGCGGAGAGCUGGAGCAGGACGCCACUAAGGAGUGCCUCUUGAGGUGGCUCCCCCUGCUGGAGGACCUCGAUGCAUGUGAUAAGUUGUCGUGGGGAUCGGCUGUAUUGGCAUGGAUGUACCGCCAGAUGUGCCGUGUCACGGAUCAUGGUACGCGCAACCUAGGUGGUUGCAUCAGCCUGCUAUUGUCUUGGGCCUACCAUCAUAUUCCUCUGCUACGCCCUGAUGGAUUUGAUACUUGUUGGUUUCCGCUGGUUGAGAGGUGGGUUCAGUACUGGCCUAACAACGCUAGAGGCGAGGGCCGUCUUAGGCAUUACAGGCGUAUCUUGAACUGGAUUGGGAUGCUUUACGUUGAUUGUACACCUUCAGGAGCCAUAUUCAGAUCUACCAUCGUCCGUCUGAUAUUUCGUCUAACAGGCCCACUCAACAGACUAUCGUCAAUAGUAUCCACAGACGAUCCUUGGCCACCAAAAUCGACGAGGAACACAGAUAACUCCAACAGAUGA